UGUGUGUUUGUUUGGAUGUGUUUUGUGCACGAUUCGCAACAUAAACUAUCAAGGGUAUAAUGGGCUGAUUCUGUAAACUCGCAAAAUGAACGAGUGUCGAGAGAGAAUACGACGCGAGAGGGAGCGAGAAAAGAACACGUAUACCUCUCCUCGUCUGGCGCUCCGGCGAGUGCUGCUAUUGGCCGAAGGGAGACAGUUCAGGGAAGCGGCGGCCAUCUUGUCGAGACUUGGUCCUGGAGUGCUACAGACUGUGGCGACGGAACUACCCAUCGAUCUGCUGGUGGAAGCUCUCCCGCAUUCUACUCACCUCAUCGAAACUCUACUGAAUAGGCUAAUUUCCCUCGAGAUAAACCCUCGACCGGAGCUCCACUGCGACACUAUAGCAUGGCGGCUCGUAGGGCUCCUGGGCACGGAGCAGGGCUCUGGGCUGCGGACGGUGACGGGGCGGCUGGCCAGCUCCCUCGCCAGCUACUGUCCGGACACCAGGGAUACCGUGGACAGCAGAAGACGGCAGCUGGAUGCUGCUGUUCAGGGUCUGGGCACGCACGGUCUGACAGCGGACGCGACGGGCUCGCUGAUCUCCCUCCAUGUAGCCAUGAAGAACGAGCUGCAACGGCACGUGGACGUCUACAAGCAGGCGCUGCAUAAGCUGGAGGAGCUGUCAUCAGUGACAGUCAACCAGGACCCAGCGUCGUCCUCCCACCAGCGUCUCCUAGCCCUCUCUCACGCGGAUGUAGAGAGGAGGCUCAUAGACAACAAGUCCCUCCUCACCAUCGUGGACAAGCCGGCUCUGCGACAGCUCCCAACCCUGGUGUCAGCGCUGGCGGCCAGGGUGGAAAGCGAUAAGGCGGUGCUGGCCUGCGUGGGCCAGAUUAAGAGGACGGAUCCGGCCCUGGACUUAAGUGACACGAGGCCGGUAGCGGGCGUGCUGAUGAGCUACUCGCGCGGCUGCACGGCGCUGCUGUCGCAGAUGAGUGAUGGAGUCACGGACACGGCACCGCGCUCCACAGACUCCGCCAGCGACGGCUACCACUCCGACAUCGAUGACGUCCACCAGAAUCCUGAACGUAACAAGCUGAUAUCGCAGUACGCGGCGGUGUGGGCGCUGGCGGCGGACGAGGUGCUGCCGGCGCUGAGCGGCCUCGAGCAGCUGCAGCAGACGCCCAACCUGAAGUACAAGAUCGUCUUCUCCGUGGCCGUGCUCUCCUUCCGUGCCGUCAUUUCUCUCCGAGACCGCCGCAUCAACGAGGCCAAGUCUCUGCUCGGUUGCGAGUCUGACGCGACGCCGGGCGCUGCGAGCUUCGUGGGUUCCGCUUUCCGAGUGAUGAGGAGCACCGCUAAUACCUUCCCGCUGGGAGAGGCUGAAAGGACUGUUAUUAGCCAGGUAACGGGUACCCUGCGCGAAUACCCGUGUGUGGCGAGCUGCGCGCCACUCCACGCGCUAGCGGCCGCCGCGUGUAGGGCCGCCUGGUGCCUGGCGCUGCACCCGCCGCUACGCAUCGACACAGACUUUGCACCAGUGGUGAUGGACCCCGACAAGCACACGCGUCUCCAAGUGGGAGGGCAAAGGGAAAGGCGCUCCGACCUCAUCCGCGCGUUUGUGUGGCCGGCCCUCAUGGACGGCCCGCACUGCGUCUUCCGAGCCGUGGUGCUCACGUAACCAUAGCAACCGUGGAACGUUCUAGAGGUCUCUAGAAAUUUUGUAGAGUAGGGGAAGUGCUGGUUAGACUUCAUUGUGCAGUAUGUUUGCUAGCGUUUAUGGACGGUCCACACUGCGUCUUCCGAGCGGUGGUGCUCACGUAACCAUGGCAACCGUGGAGCGUUCUAGAGGUUUCUAGAUAUUUUGAAGAGCAGGGGAAGAGCCGGUUAGAGUUCAUUGUAAAGUACGUUUGCUAUUGCUCAUGGACGGCCCGCACUGCGUCUUCCGAACUGUUUUGCUCACAUAAACAUUAAACAUGCCAACCGUGGAUUCAUCUUAAAAUUUUCGUUUUAUGGUGCUAACAUUUAGGUGCUCAAGAAAUGUGACUGUUUCAAGUUUUUGUAAGUUCCUUCAAGAGUCCAUAACAUAUAUUAUCUUCGUAAUCUUCUUCUUAGUUUUCUGCACAGUUCACAUCUCUUAGAACUUUUCUAAGCUGCUGUAAAGAGUAUUUGUA